CAGCGAAAGAAGGCUCGUGAGAUAUGACACUUAGAGAAAUGUCAACAUGCUCCAUCGAGAACACACGGCGAAUGACUGAUGUCGAAAAUGUCGAACAAGUGUCAGAAUUGCAUAGAUCCGUGCGGGAAGCGUACUCAUCUUUGUACGCGUUGUAUUAUCCGUCUACUGGCCGAUCGCUGCCACAGAUCGAUCGAUCUUACCAUCGGAGGCGUCGACGACAACGACGACGACGACGACGACGACGAUGGAAAUUCAGUAAUUGCCUUCGGCGCACAUCAUCCGACAUUCCUUCGUCGAGAGACGCACCACCCACGUACUCCUCCAUCGGUCUGAUAUCGCGCUCCGACAGACGACCCUCCAUUUUUCCGAUCGACGAUCGAUCGCCCGUCGCGGCGCCGCCGCGAAUUCCGCCGCCCUCUUACGCUCAAGCUCAAGGGUUUAACCUUGAGACAUCCACGAGGGAUCCGUUCGUCACUUUGUCCCCGAGCGCAAGGAGAUCCUGGCCGAGGGUGCCGACAACCGCGAUAUGCCCCCGAUGCGCCGCGCUCAUCAUCACCGUCGUGAUAGUACGCCGGUCCACGUACACUCAUCUCACCGCGUUAAUGCUCUUUCUGUUUGGCUGUUGGCCAUGUUGCAUGAUACCCUACUGCAUCGAGUCCUGCAACAACAUGGACCAUUACUGCCCGGCCUGUCAUGCGUACCUCGGAACUUACGCACCUUGGUGAUGGUUCUUGUCACACGUGGAACGAUUUAGAGAGAGGUGGUGGCUGUGUGUCCCCGUAGGAUGUCCC